AUGGGCAAAGGCCCUGUGUAUGAGGUCACUUGGUACUUUGUGCUGGAUUUCGAGGCUGGCAUCCUGCAAUAUUUUGUGAACGAGCAAAGCAAGCACCAGAAGCCUCGAGGGGCCCUGUCUCUGUCCGGAGCCAUCGUGUCCCUGAGUGACGAGGCGCCCCACACGCUGGUUGUGUACUCUGCCAACGGGGAGAUGUACAAACUGAGAGCUGCUGAUGCAAAAGAGAAACAGUUCUGGGUGACUCAGCUUCGAGCGUGUGCCAAGUACCACAUGGAGAUGAAUCCUAAGACUCCUCCGAGCGCCCGGAGCCGAAGUCUCACUUUGCUUCCCCACGGGACACCAACUUCUGCGUCUCCCUGUAGCCAGCGACACCUCGGCGCGGGAGCCCCCGGUGUCAUCACCAUCACGCAUCACAAGUCUCCUGCGGCCGCCCGACGAACUAAGAGUCAGUACUCCGGCCAGCUUCACGAAGUCAGAGAGAUGAUGAACCAGGUGGAAGGACAGCAGAAGAACCUUGUGCACGCCAUCGAGUCUCUGCCAGGGUCCGGCCCCCUCACUGCCUUGGACCAGGACCUGCUGCUCCUGAAAGCUACCUCUGCUGCUACCCUCAGCUGCCUCGGGGAGUGUCUCAGCCUGCUCCAGCAGAGCAUGCACCAGGUGGGCCAGCCCAGCCACCGGCCAGGGCCCUCAGAAAGCAUCCUGGGAUGGCACGGGCCCAAGUCACAUUCCACAGAGCAGCUGAAAAACGGGACACUUGGCUCUUUGCCAUCCGCCAGUUCCAACAUAACCUGGGCCAUUUUACCAAACUCCUCUGAGGACGAACAGACCUUCCCGCCGGAGCCGGAGCCAAACUCAGGUCCUGAAUUGAUUUUGUCUGAAGAUGAGAAAAGUGACCCUGAAGACCCGGAAGAGACAGAACUGGGCGUCAUGGAAGAUCAGCGCAGUGUAAUCCUCCACCUCAUCUCCCAGCUCAAACUUGGCAUGGAUUUGACCAAGGUGGUGCUUCCCACGUUCAUCCUGGAGCGGCGGUCCUUGCUGGAGAUGUACGCCGACUUCAUGGCACACCCGGACCUGCUGCUGGCCGUGACCGCAGGGGCCACACCACAGGAGAGGGUCAUUUGCUUCGUGGAGUAUUAUCUCACCGCCUUCCACGAGGGCCGCAAGGGCGCCCUGGCCAAGAAGCCCUACAACCCCAUCAUCGGCGAGACGUUUCACUGCUCCUGGGAGGUCCCCAAGGACAGGGUCAAGCCCAGGAGGACAGCUCCCCACGCCCCUGCUGGCCACGAACACCCGCUGGCUGACGAGCCUUCAAAAAACUACAAACUGAGGUUCGUGGCGGAGCAGGUGUCCCAUCACCCCCCGAUCUCCUGCUUCUACUGUGAGUGCAAGGAGAAGAGACUGUGCGUCAACACUCAUGUGUGGACCAAGAGCAAGUUCAUGGGCAUGUCCGUGGGCGUGUCUAUGAUAGGGGAAGGUGUGCUGCGGCUCCUGGAGCACGGGGAGGAGUACGUGUUCACCCUGCCCAGCGCCUAUGCCCGGUCCAUCCUCACCAUCCCCUGGGUGGAGCUUGGAGGAAAAGUCAGCAUCAGCUGUGCCAAGACCGGGUACUCAGCAACAGUGAUAUUCCACACGAAGCCCUUCUACGGGGGGAAGGUCCACAGGGUCACAGCAGAAGUGAAACACAACCCGACCAACACCAUCGUGUGCAAAGCCCACGGGGAGUGGAACGGGACCUUGGAGUUCACGUACAACAACGGCGAGACCAAGGUCAUCGACACGACCGCGCUGCCGGUGUACCCCAAGAAGAUCCGCCCCCUGGAGAAGCAGGGCCCCAUGGAGUCCAGGAACCUCUGGCGGGAGGUGACCCGCUGCCUGCGGCUGGGGGACAUUGAUGCGGCCACCGAGCAGAAGCGGCGCCUGGAGGAGAAGCAGCGCGCGGAGGAGCAGAAGCGGGAGAACCUCCGGGCGCCCUGGCAGCCCAAGUACUUCAUCCAGGAGGGUGACGGCUGGGUCUACUUCAACCCCCUGUGGAAGGCGCACUGACCGGCGGUGGCGCAGCGCUUUCAGAAAUAGCCCUGUUUUUGUAGGAAUUAAAGUGGUACAGUAUCGAGGCUCUGCUGGUCUUCACUGAGACCUCUUGCUCUCAUCCAAGAAAUGGUAUCUGAGAGAGAAAUGAGGUGCUGUGAAAAAGGCACCCCCAGACUCUCCUGUGGGAUUUCACUUAUUUAUGCCAGGAGCCACUUGGGGCCGGUGUGCGCACACGCGCACACUGUCCGUUGGGCGUUAUACACGUGUAAAUACGGCACCUACCCAUCUCGAAGUGGGUCACCUUGGGCUCCUUUUUAUCAGUGAGGUUGGAAGUUUUCUAUUUUUCACUUUGCCAAAAAUGUUUUGCACUCACAAAGGUGUUCUCCUUUGUUAACUCUCGUCAAAACAAAGGUGAGUUGGACCUGCCCCCGGUGUCCCUGGUAGAAGUGAAGGUGGCCGUCGCUGCCGUUGCCGGUGGGAGUGCCGCUGCCCUCCCGACGGUAACACCUGUCUGUCCAUCCUCGGGGCGAGAAGCCUCCGCUUGCCGCUGGAUGGGGCACCUCUGGGAGAACCUCGAGCCAGGCCUGCCUUGGAAUUUUCCGCCCGUCUACCUGUCUCAGCGCCUCUCUGGCAGUUUCUCAUAUUCAAAGCAUUCGUCAUACAUUUUUCAGAAGCUGCUUUCAUGGCAGAAAACGAGUCAUAUGGCGACUUCACUACUUUUAUGAUGAAAAAGGGCUUUAGAAAUUAAAUACACGCAUGCGUAACACACCUGCAGAACCACGGCCUCACUCUUGAGUUUAGUUUGGGGAAAGAGGAAAGAAUUUCCUGUGGGUUUUUUUUUUUUCAAAUGUACCCCUCUUGUUGGCCCCAACUGCGAGAAAACCACUGUGAUUAAAACGUACAUACAUAAAGCCUGCAUAAGUGCCCCAUGGUUUCAGUUGAAUUUCAGUCCUCAGCCUUUACAAAUGAGGUCAAGACAUGACUAGAAUAUAAAGCAAGGGAAAAGUGAAGUAUUUGAUUUUUGCUCACUGCUUAAUUUAUUUUUUACUGUGCCACUCUAAUGAGAAUAUUUAUAAAAUUCAGUAGCAUGAAUGCUUCUCUCUAGUAAUACUGAUUUUGUGCCUUUUGUCUGCUUUCUUAAGACCAACUGUUCACACUUUGUAGAUAUUAGACAUAUAUUUCGAUUAAACACUAUACUUAUC